UUUUUAGUUUUUUAGCUUAUUCUUUCUUUCUUUCUUCUUGGCGAGUUCGCGACCUUUGGUCGGAAAUUCUUAAAUCGCUUCUCUGCAACCGCAUUAUCGGAGCUCAUGGCCGACCCAGAGACCUUAGCGGCGUUGAAGAGAGCUUACGCCGAUACGAUACUGAACACGACGAAGGAAGCGGCGGCGCGUGUGAUGGUUUCUGAGAAGAAGGCGCGUAGGUAUCAGCAAGAACUUGUUACAGUUAGAGAUGAUGCACUCCAAACGUUGGUUAGGCUUAAACAGAUGCUUGAUUCCAAGGUAAAGGAGACAGAGAUAAUAUCCUUGAAGCAGCAACAGAAGGUUGAGGAACUGGAAGCUCAGCUUGGAGAAGCUGAAGAUAUUGUAGGAGAGCUGAGGGCGGAGUUGAGAGUACUUCACGAUGAGCUCAAGAGACUUACGAAUGGUCAGACACAUCUCAAAAGUGACCAUGAGGAAGACCCCCAUUGGAAAAACCGUGAUGCAGCAGUUUCUGUAGUGCCUGAGGUUUCUAGCAGUCAUGAGAGCACAGAAGCUAUAGCUUCUUGCAUCCCAGUUGAACAAAGUGAAUCGGUGGUGGCUAAUGGGAUGACUCGCAUUAAUAGUAUCAACCGGUGUUCUUAUAAAAAUAACAAGGAUCAGUGUCACCACUCUCUUCCUUCUAUACUGACAAAACGCAGGGAAGCUGAAGGUAGCACUCAGAUAAUUCACGCAGUAGAUAGCAGUAUAGCCAAUGGAGAUCUGUCUUCCUCUGUAGAAGUAGGAGAUGUGAAUGAUGGAGGUUGUCUUCACAAAGUUUCUUCGUGUAAAAGUGUAGAGACCUUAAACGAGUCUGGUUGUGCUGAUGCUACUGACUCCAUAUCUUCUGUUAGAGAUGGAGAAGCCCCAAUAGUGUCUCCAAAUGCUCCUCAGAAGGAUGAUGGCACUCCCAUAUUCUUGAAAACAUCUCCUCUGACAAUUAGCAAAACAGAUGCAAGGAAGGAAGAAAAAGAGAGCUGUGAGAAUAUGGAGGUUUCAGCAUCUCCUUUGUGCGAAGAAACUCCAGUUUUGGCACUUAAUAAAAAUCGGUGUAUCAAGUACACGUUCAAGAGGAAGAGAAAGAAGGAGGUUUUAAGCAACCUUGAAGGAAGUUCAUCGUUUGAAGAGAGCAGAAACAUGAAACAGAAGACUGGGGAAAAAGACGAUGUUUAUUUGGAUUCUCUGAAGCCUAGCUUUACCAGUGAAUCAUCUCGAGAUGUAGUCUAUGCUUAGCACAGGUGGGUUGGAAGCUAGUUGUACCAUUGUCGGAGAAGAAAGACUUGCAGCAGAACUAGUCAACCAUUAGGAUGCUCCAGCAAAAAAUGUUAUUAGUGGUAAAGAAUUCAUCUAAUAUAAAUAUAUAAUACAAAUAUUCAAGUUAGAUAUGAUUUUGAACCAAGUUCAAAGAUAUGUGAUGAGGAUAGAUGGAAACUUCAAAACUCUAAUAGUGUAAGUCAGUAAGAGUAAGACUAAGAGCUAUCAUUGUAUUUCUUCCAUUUCGUAGCUAUGUAAAUGAUCUAACGAAGACGUUGUUGCGACUGGUCAAAGUUAUUCAUGGAAA